UAAAAUUAACCUUAUAACUUCGUAGACUCGAGUGAAAGUUGUAGUUUUAUUUUAAUUUUCGUACUCUUCCAUUAUGCUGGUGGCGCGAUCGGCUUUCAGGAGUCAAGGUCUGAGAAUCCUUGGUGCUAGAAGUGUGGUUUCUUUGCCUCCCAAUGAACCACCAACAAACUUGAACCCAGACAGCAAUGACCUUAAAGAGUUACAAGCAGAAAUCCAGAGAAUUCAUGGUGAAUGCCUGGAAAUUCCAUGUGUUGUUGGUGGUAAGGAAAUCUAUACUGGGAACACAGGAUACCAAAUGGCGCCAUACAACCACUCUUUGAAGAUUGCAAAAUAUCACAUGGCAUCUGAGGAAGUGAUAAAGGAAGCAAUUCAUAGUGCUAUGGCUGCGAGAAGGGAUUGGGAACGAACGCCUCUUGAACACAGGGCAGCCAUCUUUCAAAAGGUUGCAGAUUUGAUCACAGGAAAAUACAGAAUUCCAUCUCUAGCUGUCACCAUGGUGGGACAGGCUAAAACUGCAUUUGAGGCUGAUAUUGACUGUGUUCAAGAGAUAGCUGAUUUUUAUAGAUUUGGAAUUCAUUAUGCAAAGGAACUGCAAGAUGGUGUAGAACUUCACCAAACCAAAGGGGUAAUCAACCAACUCAAGUACAGAGGUCUGGAGGGUUUUGUUGCUGCCAUUUCACCUUUUAACUUUACUGCUAUUGGUGGAAACUUAGCCGGUACCCCAGCAAUUGUGGGGAAUGUAGUUCUCUGGAAACCUGCUUUAACAACAAUGUUAGCCAGUUACCUUGUGUACAGAAUCUUCCAAGAGGCUGGUGUUCCUGAUGGUGUUGUAAACUUUAUUCCAUCUUCUGGCAAGACAUUUGGAGAUGUUAUAACAGCAUCCCCGCAUUUGGCAGGAAUCAACUUCACUGGUAGCGUUGAAACAUUUAGAUAUAUCUGGAGGAAAGUUGCAGAAAACAUUGAUAUAUACAGAACAUUUCCAAGAUUAAUUGGAGAAUGCGGAGGAAAGAAUUUCCACUUUUUGCAUGAAUCUGCUGACAUAGACACAGUGGUUAACUGCACCAUUAGAGCAGCAUAUGGUUAUAGUGGACAGAAAUGCUCAGCUUGUUCAAGAAUUUAUGUUCCUGAAUCAAAGUGGGCGAAGGUUAAGGAACUUCUUAUUCAAAAACACAAAGAACUGAAAAUGGGGUCGCCGGAAGAUUACGAUACCUUUGUGUCAGCUGUAAUUGAUGAAAAGUCGUACAAGAACAUCAAAGAGUACAUCGAUUACGCCAAAGACAGCUCAGACCUUAGUAUCAUUGCUGGAGGGAAGUGUGAUGACAGUGUGGGUUACUUUGUUGAACCAACUAUUAUUGAGACNCGAUUUGCUGCCUCGCAGGUAGACAAGACUUCUCCAUUUGCUUUGACCGGGUCGAUUUUUGCAAGAGACAGAUAUUUUAUCCAAGAAGCAGCUGACAUUCUGAAAGAUGCAGCUGGCAAUUUCUAUAUCAACGACAAAUCAACUGGAUCAGUUGUGGGACAGCAACCUUUUGGAGGCGCACGUCUUUCAGGAACAAAUGACAAGGCAGGCAGCUCUCAUUACAUACUGAGAUGGGUCUCACCACAAAGCGUUAAAGAAACCGUGGUACCAAUCGACGACUACAAAUAUCCUCAUCAAUCAUGAAUCACGUUAAUCGGAGCUGUUAUUUUCUGAGGGGAACAGACUAUAUUCGAUGGUUUCAAAGGAAAUUUAUGCUCUCGCUCAGGGCUGGAGUAAAUACAAUGCGUGGAAACAAAGAAGAAUUCGGAAAAUGUCCAGAUAUCAUAGCACAUGAUUUGCCUUUUUAAAUAAACGAUUUUUUAUCAAGCGUUUCAAAAACGUUGGGACCGAGAUUGCUAUAUGUAUAUGAAAUUUAUUUCGAAUAAUUUUUCGGAAAAUCCUGUACAGAACAUUCAUUGAUCUCAAGCCAUACGCUGUGGAAAUGUGCAUGGUUCCUUAUCAAGAACUAAUAUAUAAAGUAAUGCAAAGGGAAAAAAAUUUAUUUAUCCAAUUUUAACCAAUGAAUCUGUUGCGAUGAAUAUUGUUCAACCUUUAAUUAAGAUAGCAGUCCAAAAAACGGUCUAUUUUAUUGCUGAAUGCUGAAUGCUCAACAGUUUUAAAACAGUAAUAAAUUAAAGUGGUCUUUUAAAAAC